AUGCUGGCGUACAACAAGCUUCUGGAGGCAGAAGAUGGCGCAAUCACCGAAGAUAUUGUAUACUCGGGUAGCUUGGAUAACAAUGUUGUAGUAGAUGGUCGGGAGGUGAUGUUUGGAAGCCAAACGUUUGCUUGUAGUGUUGAUAGUGUGUCUUCUAGAAUUACAGAAGAUUAUAAGUGUUAUAACGUGACUUCUGAAUCCUCUACAUCGUUUUCUUACAAAGAUUCAUCGUUUCUGUCGGACGAUUCUGGUUUUCCUUCUAAAGAUUCAGAAUUCCCAUCAGAAGAUUCUGAAAAUUCAGAAAACCCUAUCACCUCCAAGCUGCCAACCAUUCUUUUAAUAUCUACCAUAGCUGUAUUGGCAGUAAAACUUAACACUCUGUCUCAUUCAGUCAAAUAUUUUGAUUCAAAACAGAUCCAACAUGUUGUUGACGACAUGAAGAAUCAUGAGUUGAAGACCAAAAACGAUUGGACUGGCUACUGCAUUGCCAAUCCAGGAGCGUGCGCUCAGUUGUACAUGCCUAUGAAUGAAGCUUUUGUCAGGAAAAUUGUUGUAAGUGCAAAGGAGUAAGUGACUUCCUCCUCAGAUGAAGGAUAAGUGUGAUUUGUCAUAGUAUUUUCGAAACGAAUUACUAUUUAAAGGCGUAUGAUAUGAUCAGUGAUAGGUUAUCUUAUACUCGUUUGCAGAUAGCCCGCGACUACAAGACGCUGAACUGUAUUCUGCCAAAAUGCAUGAGUACUAUCACUACCAUGGUCUACUCGUACUUGACUGAUCCUGUACGAUACAAAAGAUUCAAAUGGAAUAACAGUAGAGGAGUAAGGUAAAUUACUACAUUACUUUUGUUUCUACGUUCUUUAUUCAUCAUUUGACUACAUUUGACUUACUUUGGUAUUGUACUAUUAUAUAUUGUUUGUUCAAAUAAUUCCGCGCCCUUUUCAAUGCAAAUUUCCAUGACUAACGAAGCGCACAAUUAGUUGAACAACAUAAUAUUGCCCACUUUGUCAGACCAAAGGUUACUUAUACUUUUGUUUUUCAAAAAAGCACCAUAAAAGUGGUAUGUUACCCAGUAAAAGACUGUAGUCUUAUAUUUUAGUGCGACCCAUCAUAAGAAUGACUUUGACAGUUUACAAACCUUCCAACACAACGAACAUGUCUCUGAUAAAGACCUCGAAAAAUGGAGUAUGAAUGUAGCUAUUCGUGACCCGAUGGACAGGUUCAUUAGUGCUUGGUUGAACAAAUGUGUAGAGUAAGCAGUGCUUUGUCAAUAUGCAUAUCGUUCCUUAUUUCAGCUCGUUGUAGCUUUUUAACCAUUCUUAGUACCUCUUGCCUUAUCGUACUUUUAAAACAUACUAUUAAGUUGUUUAAAUAAUUUCGCGCCCCCUGUCAAAGCAAAUUUCGUGAUGGGGCACAGAAUUAUUUGAACAACCUAAUAUAAUAUAAUCCUAUGAUGUCAACGGUCUUUGAUACCAAAUACUUCAGAGAACGCCUCCUUCUAAGCCGAGACAACAUCCUCUACGGCGGUGGCGAGCUAUGUUAUGGCUGUGGCGAAGACUUUGAAUGUUUCCUCCGAGCACAGUACAAACGUGCCAUUUUGUACUCCAAGGGAGCCAUGACUACAGUGUCUUACGAAGAUCAACACACAUUCCCUCAAAACUGGUUUUGCGAUUUCAGAAACCAUCUACAUCGAUAUAACGUUAUCAAACAUACCACAGAUUACGAAGGUAAAGCAGCUUUUUACACAUGGAUGAGGAACCUAAUGGAGAGACAAAAGGUGCCAAAGGAGAAGAUCAAGUUCGUCUUCAAACACAUACUCACACCAUUGGACGGAAGAAAGACCAAAGCCAAAGAUAAGAAACAUAACAUGUUAAAGUACAAAGCGGACGAAGCAAGAGAGAGGUUGUUGAGUGAUAAGGACAUGUACAACAUCUUCAUGGCUAUGUUUGUAUACGAUUACGUGUUGUUUGACUAUGAAAUUCCUAAAAGAACAAGUGAUGAGCCGUAA